CAAAUUUGAUUGAUCUGCUGCAAAAUUUCCCUGGAUGCUGUGUCGUGAUAAGUAGUUUUAGUGCCCAUCACACUCCUCUACCUGCAAAACCACGAAUCAUGUUUCCAUAUGGCUCCGAAACUGAACGUAAUCUUCCCAGAAUCGUGCCUUCUGGUCGUGGUCGGAGUGGUGAUCGGAGUGAUCUUGGUGCACGUGACCGACGGCGUUCAUGUGUCUCCGAUGACACCGGACACCUUCUUCAUAUACAUGCUUCCGCCCAUCAUCCUCGACGCCGGCUAUUUCAUGCCGAAUCGUCUCUUCUUCGAUCACCUUGGAACGAUCCUCAUAUUCGCCGUCAUCGGGACUAUUUUUAACACACUCACCAUAGGUGCUUCCUUGUGGGCGGUUGGUACGACGGGCCUCUUCGGCUGCGAAACCCCAUUAAUGGAAAUGUUCCUGUUCAGCUCGCUGAUUUCGGCGGUCGAUCCGGUCGCCGUUCUCGCCGUCUUCGAGGAGAUCCAGGUGAACGAGAUCCUGUACAUCGUCGUGUUCGGCGAGUCCCUGCUGAACGACGCCGUCACCGUCGUCCUCUAUCACAUGUUCGAGAGUUACACGGAGAUGGGCCUGGACAACAUCAUCUACACCGACAUCCUCGCAGGUUUCGCGAACUUCUUCGUCGUCGCCAUCGGUGGUAUCGUGAUCGGAGUGAUCUGGGGCUUCGCCACCGGUUUCGUGACUCGUUUCACGAACGAGGUUCGCGUCAUCGAGCCGAUCUUCAUCUUCGUCAUGGCCUACCUCGCAUACCUGAACGCCGAGAUCUUCCACAUGUCCGGCAUAUUAGCCAUCACCUUCUGCGGCAUAACGAUGAAGAACUACGUGGAAGGCAACAUCUCGCACAAGUCGCACACGACCAUCAAGUACGCAAUGAAGAUGUUGAGCAGCUCUUCGGAGACCAUCAUCUUCAUGUUCCUCGGCGUCGCCACCGUCAAUAAAAACCACGACUGGAACACGUGGUUCGUCAUCCUCACAAUUCUGUUUUGCUCAGUCUUCAGAAUACUAG